CAGUAUGUCUGUUAUUUGACAUCAAAUAUACACAUCUUAUUCAACUAAAUCGCCUUCUUUACGAUGGUAUCUGGAAAGGAAUUCCGCAGCAGUUUGAGAAAGCCCAUGCCGGGUACGAAGAAGCAAAAGAAAUGCAGAAUCGUGCCGGCAUUUACAAUUCAAGCAAUGCAGAAAAACACAUGUGUGUUGCCUCCAGCGAAGUGCAUUUUCAAGGAGAAGCCAGUGACAAAAUUUAAGUUUAGAGAAAACUACAAAAGAGGCAAUUUACCAAUCGCAAAACAAGCAGCCGGAAUGGGACUAGUUUGGAAGGCGGACAUCAUGAAAUUGGACUUCCAUUACUAUCUUCCCAUGUUCUUUGAAGGCCUUGUGGAGACGGAAGACCCGUAUAAGUUGUUCGCUCAUCAAGCAAUUCACGACAUGUUGACACAAGGAGGGUCGAAGGUAUUUCCGUGCAUUCCACAACUGAUUAUUCCAAUAAAAGACGCUUUGAAUACAAGAAAUAAAACCAUUAUGAUUGCAACUCUUAAAGUUAUUCAGCAACUGGUUAAAUGCGGAGACAUGAUUGGAGAAGCUUUAGUUCCCUAUUAUCGACAAUUAUUGCCUUCUCUUAAUAUUUACAAGGACAGAAAUGUUAAUUGCGGUGACACAAUUGAUUAUAGCCAGGCAAGAGGUGACAAUUUGGGUGACGUUGUCAAUGAAACUUUGGAGACUUUAGAACGUACCGGUGGUGAAGAUGCUUUCAUAAAUAUUAAAUAUCUGAUUCCUACCUAUGAAUCAUGCAUGUUGAACUAAGAAAUUAAUAAGUAAUUAUACAGCAAAAUUUAGCAGAUAAUAAACUAUUUUAAAAAGAAACAA